AUGGCACAAGCACAGCAGAUCGCCUUGGAGCGGCUGGAGCAAGUCUCCCGCGGCCUCAGGUCAAAGGUUAGCGAUGAUGUGCGAAAACGAUCCGCCGUACAGCUUCGCGAGCUUGUAGUCAUUUGUCAUCGAGACCUUAGCCCCGAAUUGUUUCAGACGUUCUACAACGCAGUCAACAAUAAAAUUACACAGCUCAUCACACACGGAAGCGACUCUUCCGAGCGACUUGGCGGUAUCUACGCCCUCGAUGCGCUCAUCGACUUUGAAGGCGUCGACGUCUCCAUCAAAUACACGCGUUUCACCCAGAAUCUUAAAACGAUCCUACGUGGAAAGGACAUCAACGCUAUGCAACCGGCCGCAAUCGCGCUUGGGAAGCUAUGCCGACCCGGCGGAUCGAUGAUAUCAGAAGUAGUGGAUUCAGAGGUUAAUACCGCUCUCGAAUGGCUACAGAACGACCGCGUGGAAGAGCGACGAUACAGCGCCGUACUCGUCCUGCGUGAAUUGGCUCGCAGCGCCCCGACACUCAUGUAUCAAUACAUCCCGACAAUCUUCGACUGGAUCUGGAUAGGACUCAGAGACUUUCGACAGCUUAUUCGAGCGACAUCCGCGGAAACGGUCAGCGCCUGCUUCCGCAUCCUUCGCGAACGAGACCAAGAGAUGAAGCAGCGAUGGAUGAGCAAUAUUUACAACGAAGCAAAGCAGGGUCUCAAGGUCAACACCGUCGAAUCAAUCCACGGUUCAUUACUCGUCUUGAAGGAGCUUCUCGAGCAGGGUGCCAUGUACAUGCAGGAGCAUUACCAACAGGCGUGUGAAAUUGUCUUCAAGCACAAGGAUCACAGAGACCCGACCAUUCGAAAGACAGUGGUCCUUUUGAUCCCUGACCUUGCUAGCUACUCUCCAGCCGAUUUCGCGCACACAUGGCUACACAAGUUUAUGGUGUACUUGUCGGGUAUGCUUAAGAAGGAUAAAGAACGAAAUGAUGCGUUCCUGGCAAUCGGUAACAUUGCCAACUCUGUCAAGAGCGCCAUUGCUCCUUAUCUUGACGGUGUUUUGAUCUACGUUCGCGAAGGUCUAAGUGUGCAGUCCCGAAAGAGAGGGUCAGUCGAUCCAGUGUUUGACUGUAUCAGUCGUCUGGCCGUGGCUGUAGGUCAGACGCUCAGCAAGUACAUGGAAGCACUAUUGGAUCCCAUUUUUGCAUGUGAUCUCACACCAAAACUCACACAGGCCCUUGUUGAUAUGGCUUUCUACAUCCCUCCGGUCAAGCCCACGAUCCAAGAACGAUUGCUCGAUAUGCUCAGCGUUGUUCUCUGCGGUGAACCCUUCAAGCCUCUCGGUGCACCCCACCCCAAUACCCUCACCUCCGUCCCAAUUAUUCCCAAGGACGCCAAGGAUCCUCUAGCUUACGACCAUCGCAGGGCCGAGGUCAAGCUGGCGCUCAACACUCUCGGUAGCUUCGAUUUCUCUGGCCAUGUUCUGAACGAGUUCGUCCGCGAUGUCGCAAUCAAGUACGUCGAGGAUGAAGACCCAGAAAUCCGAGAGGCGGCCGCUUUAACAUGCUGCCAACUCUAUGUCCGCGAUCCCAUUGUCAAUCAGACCAGUUAUCAUGCACUCCAGGUAGUCGGCGAUGUUAUAGAAAAACUUCUCACUGUCGGAGUUUCAGAUCCUGAACCCAACAUAAGACGGACGGUCCUCGCUGCUCUCGAUGAACGAUUCGAUCGUCACUUAGCUAAGGCCGAGAACAUUCGUAUCCUUUUCUUCGCGCUCAACGACGAGGUAUUUUCUAUUAGAGAAGUCGCCAUCUCUAUCAUUGGGCGUUUGGCCAGAUACAACCCAGCCUACGUUAUUCCUUCGCUGCGAAAGACACUCAUUCAGAUGCUCACCGAACUGGAGUUCUCUGACGUGGCCCGUAACAAGGAGGAAAGCGCUAAGCUGUUGAGUCUUUUGGUUCAGAAUGCGCAGUCUCUCAUCAAGCCAUAUGUCGAGCCCAUGAUUUCGGUUCUCCUACCCAAAGCGAAAGACCCCAACCCAUCCGUGGCUGCCACCAUCCUCAAGGCUAUUGGUGAGCUUGCGACUGUUGGUGGUGAAGACAUGAUGCCGUACAAGGACCGAUUGAUGCCCCUCAUUCUUGAUGCGCUACAGGAUCAGAGCUCUAAUGCGAAGAGAGAGGCCGCUUUGCACGCACUGGGACAGCUUGCGAGCAACUCUGGAUACGUCAUUCUGCCAUAUAUUGAGUAUCCUCAACUUCUUGAGAUCUUACAGAGCAUCAUCAGAACCGAAGGACAACGAGUACCAUUGAGACAGGAAACCAUCAAGCUCAUGGGUAUUCUGGGUGCGCUGGACCCUUACAAACAUCAGGCCGAAGAACGAACUCCCGAUUCGCGAAAUGGCGAGGCCACUCAAUUGACUGACAUCUCACUUAUGAUGACUGGCCUGACACCAUCCAACAAGGAGUACUUCCCUACCGUCGUUAUCAACGCCCUCUUGCAAAUCUUGAAGGAUUCGUCCCUGGUUCAGCACCACGCCGCUGUCAUUGAAGCGAUUAUGAACAUCUUCCGCACUCUGGGCUUGGAAUGUGUGUCUUUCCUUGACCGAAUUAUCCCAGCAUUCCUUCAAGUCAUUCGAUCGGCCACAUCCACACGACUCGAAUCUUACUUCAACCAAUUGGCUACUCUCGUUAGCAUUGUUCGACAACACAUCCGAAACUACCUGCCUUCCAUUGUUGAGAUCCUUCAAGAAUACUGGCACACUUCUCCGUCACUGCAGACUACCAUCCUGUCGCUCGUUGAGGCUAUCUCCAGGUCGCUUGAAGGUGAAUUCAAGAUCUACCUGGCUGGUCUGUUGCCAUUGAUGCUUGGAGUCUUGGACAAGGAUAACUCUGCUAAACGUACGCCGUCUGAGAGGGUUAUGCAUGCGUUCUUGGUGUUUGGUGCCAGUGCGGAGGAGUACAUGCACCUCAUCAUCCCAGUCAUAGUGCGCACAUUCGAGAAACAGGGCCAGCCUACGUUUAUCAGAAAGCAGGCCAUCGACACCAUUGGCAAAAUCUCUCGACAGGUCAAUCUCAAUGACUACGCAGCAAAGAUCAUCCAUCCCCUUACACGUGUGCUGGACGCGGGCGAGCCUGUGCUACGAACUGCUGCUCUGGAUACCCUGUGUGCUCUCAUCCAGCAAUUGGGCAAGGAUUACCUGCACUUCAUGGGCACUGUCAACAAAACCAUCAACCAGCACCAAAUCCAGCACUCCAAUUACGAGCUGCUUGUGAGCAAGCUGCAGAAGGGAGAGGUCUUGCCGCAAGAUCUGAGCUCGGGUGCCGGUUUUGGUGAUGGGGCCGACGAGGCCACCUUUGCGGAUCAAGGCACGAAGAAGUUGGAGAUGAACGCCAUUCAUCUCAAGGCCGCCUGGGAUACAAAGGGAAAGUCCACGAAGGAGGAUUGGCAAGAGUGGCUGCGACGAUUCAGUACCACGCUGCUUACAGAGUCGCCAAACCACGCCCUUCGAGCCUGCGCUAGUCUCGCCAGUGUGUAUCUCCCUCUUGCUCGCGAGCUGUUCAAUUCUGCUUUCGUCUCUUGUUGGAGCGAACUGUAUGAGCAGUUCCAAGACGAGCUUAUCCAGAACAUUGAGAGUGCCAUCAAAUCCGAGAACGUUCCACCCGAUCUGUUAGGUCUCCUACUUAACCUCGCCGAGUUCAUGGAGCAUGACGAUAAAGCGUUGCCGAUUGACAUCCGAGUCCUGGGUAGGGAGGCUGCUCGUUGUCACGCAUACGCAAAGGCUCUGCAUUACAAGGAACUCGAGUUCCUUCAGGAUCAGAGCAGUGGUGCUGUCGAGGCUCUGAUCGUUAUCAACAAUCAGCUCCAACAGUCCGAUGCUGCCAUUGGUAUUCUUCGCAAAGCUCAACUCUAUAAGGAAGGCAUUCAGCUUCGAGAAACCUGGUUCGAGAAGUUGGAGCGCUGGGAAGAAGCGCUUGCAUUCUACAACAAGCGCGAGGAGGAAGUACCCGAGGAUCAAGCAAUUCCUGUUGACAUUGUCAUGGGUAAGAUGCGUUGUUUGCAUGCCUUGGGAGAGUGGGAGGCACUUGCGUCAUUGACUGGCAGCACUUGGGCCAACUCUACACCAGAAGUACAGAGGAUGAUCGCACCUUUGGCCACAGCCGCCGCCUGGGGCCUCAACAAAUGGGAUUCCAUGGACAACUACCUCUCAUCGCUCAAGAGGUACUCGCCUGAUCGCUCAUUCUUUGGCGCAAUUCUAGCUCUGCACCGAAACCAGUUCCGCGAGGCCAUAGCAUGUGUCACGCAAGCUCGUGAAGGUCUGGAUACUGAGCUGAGUGCACUUGUCAGCGAGUCGUACAACCGGGCGUACCAAGUCGUCGUUCGUGUCCAAAUGCUUGCCGAGUUGGAGGAGCUCAUCGUGUAUAAGCAAUGCGAUGAGAAGAAGCAAGCUAUUAUGAGACGAACAUGGGAGACUCGACUCAAGGGUUGUCAAAGAAACGUCGAAGUUUGGCAACGUAUGCUCAGGUUGCGUGCUAUAGUGAUUGCACCAACUGAGAACAUGCACAUGUGGAUCAAGUUCGCCAACCUUUGCCGCAAGUCUGGUCGAAUGGGUCUCGCCGAAAAGUCACUCAAGCAACUCAUCGGAACCGACGCUCCUUUGGAGUCUAUGAUACCCUACUGGAACGAUCAGCGACAGCCCGGACCCGGCCCUAGGGGCGCGCCGGCAGCACAGGUUAUCUACGCCGUCCUCAAGUAUCAGUGGGAGACUGGACAACAAGCUGCCAAGAAGACCGAUAUCCCCGAGAAGACACUGUACUGCCUUCGCAAGUUUACUAAUGAUGCUGCACAGAGACUUGAUGUUGCCAAGGCUCAUCUCAAUGCUCAAGCAGGCAGCGAAGUCAACAUUACAGGCGAUUACGGCUUCCAGAACCCAAUGGAUCCUACUCUCAUGAGCCCUCAGACCCAGCGAGCCUUGUAUGACCAGACUGUUCUGCUGGCCAAGUGCUAUUUGAGACAGGGAGAGUGGCUGAUUGCACUCAACAAGGAUGACUGGCAAUACACCCAGGUUCAAGACAUCCUCACAUCUUACUCACAGGCUACCAAAUACAACCCCCGUUGGUACAAGGCCUGGCACGCUUGGGCACUAGCAAACUUUGAGAUCGUGCAGACUAUCACAGCCCAGAACGAGGGACACUUGUCAAGGGCGGAUCAAUCCAUGGUGAUUGAGCACGUUGUGCCAGCAGUCAAUGGCUUCUUCAAGUCUAUCGCACUGUCUGAGGGAAGCUCUCUGCAGGAUACUCUUCGUCUGCUUACUCUUUGGUUCACUCAUGGAGGUAGCGCGGAUGUCACCUCAGCAGUCACGGACGGCUUUGCUAAUGUCAGCGUCGAUACCUGGCUUGAGGUCAUUCCCCAGUUGAUUGCCCGAAUCAACCAGCCUAACAAGCGCGUUCAGCAAUCGGUGCAUAACUUGCUUGCCGAUGUCGGACGAGCUCAUCCUCAAGCCUUGGUGUACCCUCUCACCGUCGCCAUGAAGUCCUGGCAGAACACAAGACGAUCUCGUUCCGCAGCUCAAAUUAUGGAUAGCAUGCGACAACAUAGCGCAAACUUGGUCGCUCAGGCAGACAUUGUCAGUCACGAACUCAUUCGCGUGGCUGUUUUGUGGCAUGAACUUUGGCACGAAGGACUGGAAGAAGCAUCGCGUCUGUACUUUGGCGACCACAACAUUGAAGGCAUGUUUGCAACUCUGGAGCCAUUGCAUGAGCUUCUCGAGCGCGGACCUGAGACUCUUCGUGAGAUUUCAUUCGCGCAAGCAUUUGGUCGGGACCUUAAGGAGGCUCAAGACUGGUGCCGACAAUACGAGACGAGUCAAGACGUCAAUGAUCUGAACCAGGCAUGGGACCUCUACUACCAGGUGUUCCGUAGAAUCAGUAGACAACUUCCUCAGGUCACCACGCUGGAGCUUACAUACUGCUCACCCAAAUUGCUCAACGCAAAGAACCUGGACCUCGCUGUACCUGGUACAUACAAGAGUGGACAGCCUAUUGUGCGGAUCAUGUCUUUCGAUACGACGUUUAGCGUCAUCAAUUCCAAGCAACGCCCGCGAAAGCUCAAUGUCAACGGCAGUGAUGGAAAGUCGUACGCCUUCCUUCUCAAGGGCCACGAAGAUAUUCGUCAGGAUGAGAGAGUCAUGCAGCUGUUUGGUCUCUGCAAUACCCUCCUGUCGCAUGACUCGGAAUGCUUCAAGCGACACCUCAACAUCCAGCGCUACCCAGCCAUUCCUCUGUCGCAAAACAGUGGUCUUCUCGGAUGGGUUCCCAACAGCGACACUCUCCACGUCCUUAUUAGGGAAUAUCGCGAGAGUCGCAAGAUCCUUCUCAAUAUCGAGCAUCGUAUCAUGCUUCAAAUGGCGCCUGAUUACGACAACCUUACCUUGAUGCAAAAGGUAGAAGUCUUUGGUUAUGCGCUAGAUAACACUACUGGUCAGGAUCUUUACCGUGUAUUAUGGCUCAAAUCCAAAUCUUCCGAAGCCUGGCUCGAGAGGCGAACAAACUAUACCCGCUCACUGGGUGUCAUGUCUAUGGUAGGAUACAUUCUUGGAUUGGGUGAUCGUCACCCGUCCAACUUGAUGCUUGACCGCGUCACCGGAAAGAUUAUCCACAUCGAUUUCGGUGACUGUUUCGAGGUGGCGAUGAAGCGUGAAAAGUACCCCGAGCGGGUUCCUUUCCGUUUGACAAGAAUGUUGACUUAUGCCAUGGAGGUCAGCAACAUUGAGGGUAGCUUCAGAAUCACAUGUGAGAAUGUCAUGAGGGUACUGAGAGACAACAAGGAAAGCGUCAUGGCUGUUCUCGAAGCGUUCAUCCACGACCCUCUCCUCACAUGGCGUCUAACAAACGCCCCCUCCCCAGCAGGACCCAACUUCCGCAACGACAGAGACACAGCGAUGCCCGUCCCCGGCGGCGUCCGCGCCCGUCGUCAAUCCAUCCUCGACAGCGACGUAGCACCCUCUGAACUCCUCAACGCCCCCGAACCAUCCAUCCAAACACGCGCCCGCGCCCGAACAAACAGUUCAGCGGGUGUCCCCGAGACCAACGGCGGCGCACCAGAAGUUGAAAGCCAAAACGCUCGAGCUGUCGAAGUCCUGGAUCGUGUGCAGCAGAAACUCACAGGUCGUGAUUUUAAGAACAACGAGGAGUUGGAUGUCAUUAACCAGGUUAAUAAACUCAUCAUGGAGGCGACGAAACUGGAGAAUUUGUGUCAGCACUAUAUAGGAUGGUGUAGUUUCUGGUAG